UCUCCUCAGUCCAGCGCCGCCCGGCCCGGGACCGCUCUGGCUCCGAGCCGCGCAGACUGCUCCGUGGGUCCCGGGACGCCGCCCGUGCUGCGAGCUUCCCGGGCGCUGAGCGCUCAGGCUCCCCGGUGCCGUCCGGUCCUCGGUGCCGGCCCGGCGCCCGCAGCGCGCCCACACACCCGAGCAGUGAGCUCCCUCCCGGGGAGCCUCCGGCCGUCGGCGGCCCGCGCGCGCUCGGCGCCCUGCUCGCGGGGCAGAAGGGGAGGCGGCGGCGGCUCGGCCGGGGAUGGGCGGCCCGGCGGCGCGGAGGGGCGCCGGGGGGUUCCCCGCGCUGCUGCUGGCGCUGCUGGCCGCGGGCAGCCCCGCGGACGCCUACAACCUGGACCCGCAGCGUCCCGUGCACUUCCAGGGCCCCGCCGGCUCGUUCUUCGGUUACGCGGUGCUGGAACACUUCCACGACAACACGCGCUGGGUCCUUGUGGGUGCACCGAAGGCAGAUUCCAAAUACAGCACUGCAGUGAAGUCCCCUGGGGCUGUGUUCAAGUGUCGAGUCCACACCAACCCUGACCGGAGAUGCACUGAACUGGACAUGGCUCGAGGAAAGAAUCGAGGCACAUCCUGUGGGAAGACGUGUCGGGAAGACCGGGAUGAGGAGUGGAUGGGCGUGAGCCUGGCCCGACAGCCCAAGGCUGAUGGGCACGUGUUGGCCUGUGCCCACCGCUGGAAGAACAUCUACUAUGAAUCAGACCACAUCUUGCCCCACGGCUUCUGCUACAUCAUCCCCUCCAACCUGCAGGGCAGAGGCAGGUCGCUAAUCCCGUGCUAUGAAGAGUACAAGAAGAAGUAUGGAGAGGAACACGGCUCCUGCCAGGCGGGGAUCGCGGGCUUCUGCACCGAGGAGUUGGUGGUGAUGGGUGCCCCGGGCUCCUUUUACUGGGCUGGGACAGUCAAAGUGCUGAACCUGACGGACAACACCUACUUCAAGCUGAAUGAUGAAGUCAUCAUGAGCAGGCGGUACACCUACCUGGGCUACGCGGUGACGGCUGGCCACUUCUCUCACCCAUCCACAACCGACGUGGUAGGAGGUGCCCCGCAGGAUGAAGGCGUGGGAAAGGUUUAUAUCUUCAGAGCUGAUCGAAGGUCUGGAACCCUAAUCAAGAUUUUUCAGGCGGCGGGCAAAAAGAUGGGAUCUUACUUCGGCUCCUCCUUAUGCGCAGUUGACCUGAAUGGGGACGGCCUCUCUGACCUGCUGGUGGGGGCCCCCAUGUUUUCUGAGAUCAGGGACGAGGGACAGGUCACCAUCUACAUCAACAGAGGAAAUGGAGCCCUGGAGGAGCAGCUGGCUCUGACCGGGGACAGCGCCUACAAUGCACACUUUGGGGAGAGCAUCAGCAGCUUAGGGGACCUGGAUGACGAUGGCUUCCCAGAUGUGGCCAUUGGUGCGCCCAAGGAGGAUGAUUAUGCAGGUGCAGUCUACAUCUACCAUGGUGAUGCUGGAGGGAUAGUACCGCAGUACUCAAUGAAACUGUCUGGACGGAAGAUCAGUCCGAUUCUGCGGAUGUUUGGCCAGUCCAUAUCAGGAGGCGUUGAUAUGGAUGGGAACGGCUACCCUGAUGUCACCAUUGGAGCCUUCCUGUCAGACAGUGUGGUCCUGCUAAGGGCGAGACCCGUGAUCACCGUGGAUGUCUCCAUCUUCCUCCCAACUUCCAUCAACAUCACGGCGCCCCAGUGUCACGAUGGGCAGCAACCUGUGAACUGCCUCAAUGUUACCGCCUGCUUCCGCUUCCACGGCAAGCACGUCCCGGGAGACAUAGGCCUGAAUUAUGUCCUGACUGCUGAUGUGGCCAAGAAGGAGAAGGGUCAGCUGCCCAGGGUCUACUUUGUGCUGCCGGGGGAGACGGUGGGCCAGGUGGCAGAGAAGCUGCAGCUGGCGCACCUGGAGGAGGCGUGUCGCCACUACGUGGCCCAUGUGAAGCGAAGGGUGCAGGACGUCAUCAGCCCCAUCGUGUUUGAGGCAGCCUACAGCCUGGGCGAGCACAUCACCGGUGAGGAGGAGCGGGAGCUGCCAGCCCUGACACCUGUGCUCCGCUGGAAGAAGGGACAAAAGAUUGCCCAGAAGAAUCAGACUGUGUUUGAAAGAAACUGCCACUCCGAGGACUGUGCCGCUGACUUGCAGCUUCGGGGCAAGCUGUUGCUAUCAAGUGUUGAUGAGAAGACCCCGUAUCUCGCUCUGGGAGCAGUGAAGAACAUCUCCCUAAACAUCUCCAUCUCCAACCUGGGAGACGACGCCUAUGAUGCCACUGUGUCCUUCAACGUGUCCCGGGAGCUCUUCUUCAUCAACAUGUGGCAGAAGGAGGAAAUGGGUAUUUCCUGUGAGCUGUUGGAAUCGGACUUCCUCAAGUGUAGCGUGGGAUUUCCUUUCAUGAGGUCAAAGUCUAAGUAUGACUUCAGCAUGAUCUUUGACACGAGCCACCUGUCUGGAGAGGAGCCACUGCUCAGCUUCAUUGUCACUGCUCAGAGUGGUAACGUGGAGCGCUCCAACUCCCUGCAUGACAACAGCCUCACGCUGACGGUGCCGCUGGUGCACGAGGUGGACACGUCCAUCACUGGAAUCACGUCCCCAACCUCCUUCGUGUACGGCGAGUCUGUGGACCCUGCCAGCGUCAUCCAGCUCGGCGACCUGGAAUGCCAGUUUCAAGCACUCAAUGUCACCCUUCAGGUGUACAACGCCGGCCCCAGCACGCUUCCGGCAUCGUCUGUCACCAUCUCUCUCCCCAACCGACUGUCGCCUGGUGGCGCAGAGAUGUUUCACGUCCAGGACAUGGUGGUGAGCCAGGAGAAAGGAAACUGCUCUUUCCAGAAGAGUCCAACCCCUUGUGUCAUCCCUCAAGAACAAGAAAACAUCUUCCACACUAUAUUCGCUUUUUUCACCAAGUCUGGAAGGAAGGUCUUGGACUGUGAGAAACCAGGAAUCCCUUGCCUGACGAUGCACUGUAACCUCGGUGCCCUUGCGAGAGAAGAAAGCCGUACCAUAGACAUUUACCUGCUGUUGAACACAGAGAUACUGAAGAAGGACAGUUCCUCGGUCAUCCAGUUCAUGGCUCCGGCCAAGGUGAAAGUGGUAGAUCCUGCCCUCCGAGUGGUGGAACUGGCCAAUGGAAACCCAGAAGAGAUGACGGUGGUGUUUGAGGCCCUGCACAGUCUGGAGCCCCGGGGCUAUGUCGUGGGCUGGAUCAUCGCCAUCAGUCUGCUGGUGGGCAUCCUUAUCUUCCUGCUGCUGGCCGUGCUGCUGUGGAAGUUGGGCUUCUUCCGCCGAAGAUACAAGGAGAUCAUCGAGGCGGAGAAGAACCGGAAAGAGAAUGACGAGAGCUGGGACUGGGUGCAGAAAAACCAGUGACCCGCCACACCAGUCACGACCCCGUCACCUGCCUGUCAUCCUGGGUCUUUCUAUCUUCCAUAUUUGGAAGAGAAAAAAAAAAAAUCUCCAGAUUUUUCGGAGGCCCCACUGAUCUGUUCUUGUCCUCACUCAGAAGCCCAGGUGCUGGCCUGGGGCAGCAGCCACUGCGGCCAGGUCCCUGGACCGGAGCCACCACCACCGCCUUCUCACCAUGAACUCAGACCCGUGGAGAGCGAGCUGCCUGCUCCAGCAAUAUUUAUGGAUGCAAACCUGCGUGAUCAACCCUCAGGGGAAAACUGUUACCUAAAAAGUAUUUUUUAUAAAUCUAAGCCUUUUCUAUGGAUUACGUGUUUAUAUUUGUAUCGAGGUUUUAUGAUUUCUAUUACAUAGCUCUAUGAUUCACUCCGGCACUGAUCUCUGGCCUCGGAAGUCUUGGACACUACGCAGGCACAGACGCCUAAGCGGAGUGGAUUGGAUCAUGCUU